AUGUUAAAUCAACAAUUAUCAUCAUUAACAAUAACAAAAUCAACUUCGAAUCAAAAUAAAUUAACACCUAUAAAAACACCACAUGAUUAUGUUUUCACUCGAUGGAUGGGCUCAUGGGAAAAUCGAUUAUCAUUAUGGUCAAAUCGUUUAUAUUGUGAUGCAUUACUAGGAUAUAUUGGUAAAAUCUAUGGUCAACAAGCAAAUAUUCAUCAUCAUUUCGAUAGAUUAUGGAAUGAAAGUUUAUAUAAUACAAAUGAUGAACUUGAUGUUUUGAAUAUAUUAAUUGAAAGACUAUCUAAAAUACCUGGUGCAAAAACAUCAUUACUAAAACGACAAGAAACAUCGAGAAUCGAAAGUCGUUUCAAUGAAAUAAAAUCCAUAUUUGAUAAAAAUUAUAAUUCAAGAUUUAAAAUUUCAUCAAAAUUAAAUCAUGAAAAACUAAUUAGUAAAGAUUCUAUAAAAAGUUACUUUGAUUUAGGAUGUGGAAAUGGUUUAAUAACUGCUCAGAUAGGAAAAUAUUUUAAUUUAAGUAAAGAAAAUAUUUUUGGUGGUGAUGUUUUUAAUAGUAAUAACCCACAGAUAACAUUUGUAUCAAUCGACGAAAAUCAAUCGACUAUUGAUCUUGGCGAUCAAUCUGUUCAUUUAAUAACAUGUCUUGUUACACUUCAUCAUAUACCAAAUAUUGAAAAAUUUCUUAAAGAACUUGCUCGUAUUAUUCAACCAAAUGGUUAUCUUAUAAUACGUGAACAUGAUUGUAAAUUAGAACGUUCAUUAAUAACAAAAUAUCUACAUUUUAUUCAUGGAAUUAUGAUUAUAGCACGUAUCGGAGAAUUUAGUAAAGAUUAUUCAACAGAUAAACAUGAUAAAGUAACAUGGUAUGAACAGAAAAAGAAGAUAAUUAGUUAUACAAAAACAAUUCAAUAUAAAACACGACAAGAAUGGCAAAAUCAAUUAGAAUCAGUUGGAUUUGAUUUAUUAGCUACAUUUGAUUAUGAUUUAAAUAAAACAACAAAUCCUCAAAAAUUAUUCUAUGCAGUGUAUAAACGUAAUGAACAGAAGAAUUAA